AUGUUAUCUUCUUUUGCAACUGCAACAUCAUCUUCAUCUUCAUAUGAAACUUCACAAUCUUGGUGGAAAUUUAAUUUUACAACAGAUUCUUAUGCAGCUUUAUCUACAACAUUUUUUUCAUCAUCUGUUUCAUUACCACAAGAAUCAUCAACAAUUAACAUUAUAAAAAAACAAGUGAAUAAUCAUCAAUUAUAUACAAAUGGUUUUACUCAUCAUGAUAAUGAUGAACCAUUACGAAUUCUUUUAUUUGCUGAAAGUUUUCCAUCAUUUACAAGUGGUGUAACACGUCGAUUUAAAGAAAUUAUAAGACGUUUAGCUAAAAAUCAUCAUCAUAUUCAUGUUAUUACUGGUUGUAAAAAUGCUUCGAUAUGGGUCGAAGGAAAUGAAUUACUUGACGAAUAUGUCACAUUUUCAAUUCUACCAUCAACAGAUUUUAAAGAUAAAAUUGAUUGUGCUUGUCCAUUUCUUUUUCCUAAUCCAACAAUCUAUUCAGUAAUUCGUCGAUUUUCACCUGAUGUUGUUCAUAUUGUUGAACAAACUCCUGGUGCAUUACUUUGUGGUGCAUUUUCUCAAGCACUCAAUAUUCCUAUAGUUUGGUCAUCACAUACAAAUAUUGACUUUUAUUUAUUAACAUAUAUUCGUUCUGGAGCUAUUAGAAUGGCAAGACGUAUAUAUCAAUAUAUACGUUUAAAACAUUUAUCAUAUUCAUCAAUUAAUUUAACUGUUAGUAGAGAUUUUGCUGAUUUUAUGGAACAUACUGGUGUUCCACAUCCUGUUAUUGUUUGGAAAACAGGUGUUGAUUCUGAAUUAUUUAAUCCCACACGACAGUCACGUUCAAUGCGUUAUCGUAUGUUUGGUACAUAUAAUAAUUUUACUGAAGAACAAAUGGAUUCUAUAACAUUAUUUUUAUGUGUUGGUCGAAUAUCUCCAGAAAAAAAUUUUGAAUUUUUAUCACUUGUAUUAGAACGUAUUCCAAGUCAAACAUUUUUAUGUAUUAUUGGUGAUGGUCCAUUUCGUAAUACAGUUGAACCAUUAUUUCCUAAAGAUCGUGUUUAUUUUUUUGGUUAUCUUGGUGGUGAAGAAUUAGCAAGUGCAUAUGCAAGUGCUGACUAUUUUAUAUAUGCAUCUGUUAGUGAAACAUUUGGACAAGUUUAUUUAGAAGCUAUGGCUAGUGGUACACCUGUUAUAGCAGCUGAAGGUGGACAAUUAAAAGAAUUUUUUAUUAAUGGUGAACAUGGUUAUUUAUGGGAACCAGAUAAUUUAGAUUCAGCUGAAGAAGCUAUAUGUUUAGCAAUGAAAAAUCGAGAUUAUUUAUCAAUUAAAGCACGACAACAAGCAUUAAAACAUUCAUGGGAUGCAGCUAGUAAUCAAUUAAAUGAUAUUUAUUAUCAAGCUAUUAAAAAACAUAAUGAUAAAGAAAAAUAUAAAAAUAAAAAUACAAAUACAAAUAAAUUAAAACAUAUAUGGAAUGUAUUUUAUUAUUUUAUUAUAUGGUUAUUUUGUAAUUCACUUGCAUUAUUUUUAAUGGCACCAUUUGUUCGAGUUUUAUCACCACAAUCGAUUGCUACAGAAAAACGUAAUAAGAAUAAUAAUAAAAAAUCUUUUGAAAUAAAACAUAAUUCUAUAAUGACAAAGAAAUUAUCAUUUUCUUGA